UUAAAUCUCAGGGCGCCAUGUUGGGAAAAGAGCCGCUUCCGGUCACCGGUUCCCGUCGGAGGGGUUAGAAAACGGACACUUCCGGUGCCCUUUCUCCCUCCUCCUCCUCCUGCAGCGGCGGCAACGUGCGGGCUGCGCCCGACCGAGCUCCCCAUGGCCCAGAACCUGAAGGACUUGGCGGGGCGCCUCCCCGCCGGGCCGCGCGGGAUGGGCACCGCCCUCAAGCUGCUGCUGGGAGCCGGCGCCGUCGCCUACGGGGUCCGCGAGUCGGUCUUCACCGUGGAAGGAGGCCAGAGGGCGAUAUUCUUCAACCGCAUCGGUGGGAUCCAGCCAGACACGAUCCUGGCCGAGGGGCUGCACUUCAGAAUCCCCUGGAUUCAGUAUCCAAUAAUUUAUGAUAUCCGAGCUCGACCCCGAAAAAUCUCCUCCCCAACAGGCUCCAAAGAUCUGCAGAUGGUGAACAUCUCUCUGCGUGUCCUUUCACGCCCCAAUGCCGCAGAGCUGCCCCAAAUGUACCAGCGCCUGGGGCUGGACUAUGAGGAGCGGGUCCUUCCUUCCAUCGUCAAUGAGGUGCUCAAAAGUGUUGUGGCCAAGUUCAAUGCUUCACAGCUCAUCACUCAACGAGCUCAGGUCUCUCUGCUAAUCCGACGGGAACUGACAGAGCGAGCCAAGGAUUUCAGCCUCAUUUUGGAUGAUGUGGCCAUCACAGAGCUAAGUUUCAGCCGCGAGUACACAGCGGCUGUUGAGGCUAAGCAAGUGGCCCAGCAAGAGGCCCAGCGAGCCCAGUUCCUGGUGGAGAAGGCCAAGCAGGAACAGAGGCAGAAGAUUGUCCAGGCAGAGGGGGAAGCCACGGCUGCCAAGAUGAUCGGUGAUGCCUUGAGCAAGAACCCAGGCUACAUCAAGCUGCGCAAGAUCCGAGCUGCCCAGAACAUCUCCAAGACAAUUGCGGCGUCGCAGAACCGCGUGUAUCUCACAGCUGACAACUUGCAGUUGAACCUACAGGAUGAGGGCUUCACCAGAGGAAGUGACAGCCUCCUGACCAAACCGGGGAAGAAAUGAAACUGCUAGAACCAUUCACACGAACUGGCAGAGCAAGAUGGUUGAGGGAAGAUCGCCAAAGUCAUUCACCCAAGAUUCCCCCUCUGCUGGUGCCUGUUAGUUUUCACUGAUUGUUCUCUCACUUACUUGGAAAUUCCCAAUGCAAUGGCCAACCUGGUACCCAAUCCCCAGUGUUGGGAGCCAUCUCUGCCAUUGGGCGUCACCAGUUGGCUAGUUUAAAACCACCAAAGGGGAUUUAAACUCGGGCAGGGGUGGGCAGUGUGAGCCCUUGGGGACCUGUUAUUCACACCCAGCCUCUGCUAGGGCUUGGAUUUUUAUAGGACUAGAAUUGUAACUGCUGUGUCUGCCAAGCCUGUGAGGCCUGUGUUUUGGUACCAGCACCUAGCUUUCAGUUCAAUGAAUCUCUUGUUAAUUUUUCUUCCAGCCCUCCCUUCCCCAUGGGAAAACUCUUGAACAAAGGUUUCAUGGGGCUCCUGCCAUUUUUGGGCUCUCAGAUCACAUAAUUUUGUCUGCCCAGUGAUUCUUUCAAAAGUUUGUAAAAGAGGGGAAAAAAAUAAAAAACAAAAAACAAAA